AUGCAAGAUCCGACUGAUGCGGACUGCCCGGCUGUGGAAGCUUUUAUCUGGCUGGCACGUCAUGAUCCCACUUCGGAAGUGCGUCGAGCUGCUCUGGCUGCCAUGGUGUUGACCACACGCACGUUGCCCAGCUUGGUGGAGCGUUGUCGCGAUGUGGCAGAUAGUGUGCGUCGUACCGCUUACAAGAUUUUGGCCACCCGCACUGUUCUUCGCCCGCUAUCCAUUGCAAAACGUAUUCGAAUUUUACAAGACGGACUAACAGACCGUGCAGCGGAUGUUCGACAAUCUGCGCAAGACCUUGUGCUGUCUUGGUUCAAGGCAACAGAGUGUGAUCCUGUCAAACUGUUACGUCGAUUGGACACGGAGGGUGUGCCGGAAACGAGUCAGCUAAUGCUAAACAAUUUGUUCAUCGCUCUUCCGGAACCCGAUUUCUCUAAUAUGGUUCAGAUAUGGGCCUCACAGUAUUUGAACGAGGAGUGCGUUCUGUUUUCCAUGACAUCGUGA